UAAUUUUUUCCAACUUCCCAUCUCUGUCCAAAACCCUCGGCUAUGUCAAAAACCAUCGCGUGAACGAAACUUUCAACAUUCGCGGACGAUAACGACGGGAUCGUGGCUUACACUUACAGAGACCGCCUAAACUCCCAUCUUUCUCAUCAUUCCGCUCUGCUCCUACUAGAAACCAUUGAGGAAGAAAUAGUUAUCAAAGUACCAAUUGCCUCUUUCCCCCGAGGCAGGGGAUUUUGAGCUAGAAAAUGUGCGGAAUAGCUGCAGUUAUCAGUGGGAUUCAGAUCAUCGGAUCCAAUCUUUCCAGGAAAACGAAGGAAGCUUCUCCUUUAGAAGCCAAAAAGGACUAUGGAUCAGUUCUUGUAACUAUAGAUAACCUCAAGUCUGCUUUGCAAAGAAGAGGUCCUGAUAGCUUGGGGUGCAGAAAUGUUUUGAUUCAGUCAGAAUGUGAAAAUUUGGUUAAAAAAUGCGAAACAACUUGCACAAAGGAUGUAAGUGUCAGUGGAAUAAAUUCUAUUGCACAAGUACAUUUCAUUGGUGCAAUGUUACAACUUAGGGGCUUAAAUCCGGUUUCUCAGCCGCUAGAGGAUGCAUCUGGGAAUCUUCUUGUAUAUAAUGGCGAAAUAUUUGACGGUAUACACAUUGCUGAUGAUAGCAAUGACUUGGAAGUUCUUCUCCAUGAACUUGAAACAUGCUGUUCUUUUGACUGUCAUGAAUACAUUGAUGGAUUUUCUAAUUCAGACCAUGGGAAAUCUAUACCUGAUGUCCUUUCAACUAUCAAAGGCCCAUGGGCUUUCAUUUACUGGCAGGAUAAGUCAAAAACUAUGUGGUUUGGUCGAGAUGCAUUCGGUAGAAGAAGUCUCCUGGUCCACUGGCCAACAUGCACCGACUCUAGAUUUAUUCUAUCUUCAGUUUCACCGCCUUUAUUUGUAGAAAACCAUUCAGGUUCAAACUUCAUAAAGAAUGGACUUGAAAAUGAGAUGGCUAAUGUUGUUACAAGUUCAACAAAUGAAAUUUGCUACUGGGAAGAACUUCCUUGUGGAAUUUACAGCAUUGAGUUAAAUAUCUCAAAUAAAAAUGUGCAAUUCAUGAAGGAAGACUUGUUAGGUGUUGUUCGAAAGCACAGAUGGAGGAAUCCCCGAUUAAGUAAAGUUAUCUCAUGGGAUCGAUUGCUCCUGGAUCCCAAGAUAGAACACGUUCAUCCAAUUCAAACAGAGCAACUUCCACUACCAGCCGAUUGUUUAAUAGUGCAGGGUGAACCAGCACAAAGAGUACUCUCUGCUCUAAGAAGAUCUGUGAUGAGGCGCACUAAAAUGAACUCAAUCUUUCAGACUUCUAUGAAGGAAUGUGGAGAAGUGGAAGCAUCUCCUGUGGCAAUUCUCUUCUCUGGAGGGUUAGAUUCUAUGAUACUUUCUGCAUUACUGGACCAGUGUCUAAACCCACAAUAUAUAAUAGAUUUGUUAAAUGUAAGCUUUGAUGGCCAGUUUGCUCCUGACAGAGUUUCAGCAAGAUUAGGGCUAAGAGAACUUCAGAAGAUUGCUCCAAUGAGAAGAUGGCGACUUGUGGAGAUUGAUGCAACGCUCUUAAAUCUGACAAUGAAAACCACUAAACAUGUAAUGUCGUUAAUACAUCCAGCAGAAACCUUUAUGGAUUUAAACAUUGGUAUAGCAUUAUGGUUAGCUGCUGGUGGAGAUGGCCGUGUGGAUGGACAAAUAUGUAAUUUUCAUCAGGAAGAUCAGCAUUAUUACAAAUACAAAUCAGAAGCUCGUGUUCUACUUGUUGGAUCUGGUGCCGAUGAACAAUGCGCUGGUUAUAGUAGGCAUAGAACAAAGUAUCAGCUUGACGGAUGGCGAAUGACACAAGCUACGCCAUCAUUCAAGGAUGCAGUACAUUCCCUAUCACUGUCGACAGUACAAUCUGUCAGAUUGUCAGACGUUGAGUUGCCCCAAGAAGCUGCUACAACGAAUGACACGAGCUACGCCAUCAUUCAAGGAUGCAAUCCAUUCCUGAUCACUGUUUGUAGCAGAAUCUGUCAGAUUGUCUCUCCACCAGAAGAAGUCACUCUUCUCCUUGAUUCUCCGCAGGUACCUGUGGAACUCUCCCAUAGCUACGUGCCUAACGCGACGCCAGUAGGGAAGACUGAAGUUUGCAGUGGUAGAGAAAUCUUCGGGAGGUACAUGCUCAUGAUUCUCGUCCGCUUGAUGGAAGUUGAUAUUGUUGCGGGAAGGAUGUCUCCAAUUGAAAUUGUUGAGCGCCAUUGUGGCAAUCACAAUCUGCACCUGUUUGAAAAACAG